AUGGUCCUCACACAGGAUUGGUUAAUGAAGCAUGCGCUGCCGCGCAACGAUCUCUUCCUUGCGAAGAGAGUUCUUAUGGACAGAGCAGACCUGACCGCCUGCGACCGGCAAGGCAACAGUGUGCUUGCCGUGGCCGUAGAGCAUCAGUGCUCACAAGAGAUGGUGGAGCUUCUCUUGGAGCGUGGAUGUCCGAGAUCCUCCAAGGGACCUCUCGGACCUCCCCUUUCGAUCGCAGCCCGAAGUGGCCGACUCGAGGUUGUGCGGGUGCUCUUGGACUUUGGUUGCGACCCUUGCGAGAUCGAGGCUUCUGGCAAGUUGUCCGAAGCCGCCAAGAAUUUGCUGGGAUACCUGGUUCCGCUUCCCGACCCGGUGCUCCGGAGAGGCAAAGAGGGCUCUCUGCCGCUGCGGUGCCUGCGCCGACAGUUGGCAGUGGAGACCCUCUUGCCUUUGGCAAGCUCUAUGCUGCCGUCCUUACAAGGCGGUCAGCGGAACUUGGAUGCUCAGCUGGUGCAGGUUCUCGUUUUGGCAUGCGAGCAUGCAGCUCCCCUCCCGGCAGAAGCAUUGGAAAGCCUCGUGCAAGUCUGCCGGAGUUUGCUGAUGUCCUUCGAAUCAUCCUCGAUGAACUUGGGCGUUCGCUUGGCUAGCUGCCUUUGCGAGGCCGGCAAAGAUGGAGUCGAGAAGCUGCGAAGACAUGGCAUCUUCAAAAUGCUGCCGGCCCUGGCGGCAGCACCAGAGCUACAUCAGCCGCCCAGGCCGCAGCACAUACGCCAGGCUGCGGCGAAGAUCCUAAGCCGAUGGUCGGAGGAGGUGGCGAGAUCAGAGCCUACUCCAUGCUUGGCCAGUGCCGAGCGAUGGCAGGAGCUCCAACAUUUGACACCGAGCGAACUAAUCACUCUGCAGGUGCCGCAGAAGCUUCUCCGGGAUGCGGCGUUCCGCAGUGCCAUGCCAAAGGAGCUGGCACCGAUGCUUUUGCAGGUCGUUGAAGAAGAGGAGAAAUUUUCGGUGCAUGUAUAUCGCGAACGGCAAGAUGUCAGCCUUCGCGUUCUAACAGAGCCUUUCUGGCUAUUUUGCCGGUCAGCCGCCACCAGUAUUCUACAGGGUUCUACGAAAGAUGUCGCCCAUGGUGGUGAAUACGUUGUGCAAGCAGAACCCUUAGUCACCAUGGGCAGUCUGGCGCGCUUGCUUCUGGUGGCCGGAGGCUUUCUGGCGAUGCAGGACUACCUCAAGUUCUGCAUCCGGCUUGUCGGCUGCAAAGUCUUCCAGGGCAACAGCAUGUACCACGUGGAGGGGGUUGUAGCUCUGCCUCAAGUCGGCAUCCCUGUACAUCUGCUGCGGCCAUGCUCCGGUGAGUGCCCCAAAGGUGACAACGGCUUUGCUCCUCAUGUUCUGGCCUUGGGGGAGUGGCGCUUCGAGGACCUGGAGGAGUGUAGUGGUGCAUCGAACGAUUCUAUCGAGCGGAAUGAGGACGUGCAAGGUUUGGUGAGCGACUACAAGGAAGUGCCAGCCGAGGCGAAGGUGUGGAAAACAUCGAUGCUACAAUUCGAGCCGGACGACGAGGCACUGUACUUGGAGCUCCUCCGAAUCGAGGCCAAGGCUGACGUGCGCGAGACGUUUGCAAAGCUCUGCGAGCAGUGCUGUGUGGCAGUGGUGUCGACCGAGGACAACGAAAUCGUCGAUGCCAUUGCGCAGUCCGUCGACGGCAUGCUGCUGCAUGAGGCAGCCGUUCCGCUGCUUACGCAGUUUGGCUGGCGCCGCAGAGACAUGGAGGAACAAGAUGAUGCCUCCUUCACUCUUUGGGAUCCGCCAGACGCAGCUCCUGUGCUUCCCGCAUUCUUCCACUUGUCCAUACGACCUCCUCCGCCCGAUCCGCCAGGACUGACUGACACUGUGUGGUCAGUCAUCAUAUCCUUUGAUGCAGAGCUGCCCUUCGAACUGGUCUGGCAGUCAGUGGAGCUUGAUGUGAAGAAUGCGUUCACAAGCGUCUCCAAUAAAUGGUCUGAGAUUGGUUGGCCUGGUGGAGAACAAGAGAUGCUGGAAGUUGUGCACAAG